GUACUUGCUGGAUUUGACGAACGGCUUGGCGCGGGCGCAAGUGACGCGCGUGGAAAAUCUGCAGGAACGUGGUGAAGAGAGAUGGCGUGGCUGGAACUUCCUGACCGCCGAGACGAACAACAGCGAUCUGGCGUCCGCCCCAGCACGAGAGCUUCUGUCACAGUAUGCGACUUAUUGGAAGCUGGAUCUCUUUUAUCAGGCCAAGGACGAAGAGAAGGGGAUCUUCACUCCCGAGGCCUUGGAAGAGAUCAGGGACUUCGAGCGGCGGCUGAGAGCUUUGGAGGGCUAUGGCGACUUCUGCCGGAAGCGUUACUCCUUCGUCUCCUGUGAUCCCGCCUAUACAGUGACCAACAUCUUCUUCUCCGUGCCCAACGCUUCUAGCAUCUCAGGCGAUACCAUGCAGGUGAUCUACGAUGGAUCUGGGUCCUUGGCAAACAUCGAGGACAUGCUGAAAGGCUUCCUAAGAGAUGGGAUCGACUGGUGGGUGGACAAGGACUUCGGCCCAAAGAAUCUGAAGAGUCUAUACACCCGCGCCUCCUUCUUCGGUGGGUUGCCCUUGGAGGGUUAUGAGUCCUUGGACACCAGGUUAGAGGAGCAGAAGGCCAAGUCCAACGACUUCUUAAGGAAGGUUUGGACGGAUCUUCUUCAUCGAACGGAUUUGCCGGGUGAUGAGGGCCUGCACUACGAACACGUGGUUUUCACCUGGGCCGAGAGCCGUGUGCUCUAUGGCCAUGAGGUGAAUUUCUAUCUCUUCAAUGAUUUGAGGUUCUGCAUCGGGACCUUUAUCCUGGUCAGCGCACUGAUCCUCUUGCGGCAGCAGAGUCUGGUGACCACCUUCUGUGGAAUCCUGGGGGUGCCCUUGGCCUUCUCUGCCACUUACUACUUCCACUACGUCGUCAUGGGCUAUCAGAGGAUGAGCGUCAUGGAUUUCGUCUCCAUCUUUCUGAUCGUUGGCAUUGCAGCAGAUGACAUCUUGCUGCUUUACAACACCUACCAGCUAGCCUCUGCCGUGGUGCAGCUGAAGGGGAAGACCAACCAGCCGGCUGCUCGGAUGAGGUGGGCUUACAGGGAGGCCGCCUCGGCCAUGCUGGUGACCAGCGUGACGACCUGUGUCUCCUUCUACGCGAACAUGCUCUCGAUUGUGAGCGUCGUGAGGCAGUUCGGAUUCUUCAUGGGCACCUUGGUCUUGUGGAACUUCCUGAACGUCCUCACCAUCUUCCCCGCGAGCUUGCUAGUGAACGAGAUGUAUCUCGCUCCACUCUGGUGCUGCUGUCGUGCGACCAAAGGCCCUGCGCCCUCGAGUGCCAGCUGUGGGGAGGCGGAGGCGGUGGAGAUGGUGCAGACCGCUUCGCGCUUGGCCAGGCAGUUCUCCAAGGAUCAUGACUCUCACUACGUGCUCCACAUGCAAACGGAGAUCCAACAUGACCAUCUCGAUUGCACCGAGCGCUUCAUGGAUCGGCGCUUUCGGCCCUUCUUGGUGACUUUUCGCUGGCUCUUGUUGGCCUUCUCCUUUAGCCUUAGUGGGCUUUGCGUCUUCUUGGCCUACACAGGCUUCAGCUUGGCAUCAGGUGACAUUGUGAUCUUCGAGGAAGACGUGAACCUGGGCCGGGUCGCUGCGUUGACGUCGGAGAUCUUCCCCUCCUACACUAGCGCGGACCUCAAUAACAACCUGGCGAUCCUCAAUCCCUUGCAGCCGCAGAUCAAACCCAGCUGUCCCAGGCUGGGCGACAACAACAGCUGGUGUUCAGGCCUUGGAAGCUGCGACACCUUCACAGGGCGAUGUACCUGUCAGGAGGGCUACGUGGGCCAAGCCUGCUCGGUGCUGCGUGCCGAUCCCACCUUGGACUUCGUCCCGUGGCCGCCGCCGUCGAUUCCCAAGAGCUAUGACUACAUUCAUAUCCUGGCACGUCCGUCCCUCUUGGAGAGCCCUGGAACCGCCGAUGCCACUGAGCCCAUCUACUUUCUGAACCAGGGCGACGAGCCGGUCGAAUGGUCCAUUGAGGCGCCGCCGGAGUCUUCGAGCUGGCUCGGGCUCUUGCAGAGCUCCGGCGCCGUGCCGCCCCGCGUCUUCUCCCGCACGGACGAUGCCUUCCCGGGGCGAGGGGGUCUGAUGGCGCGCUAUUUCGUGGCCAACCGCGCGGCGGGCUUUUCAGAGGUGGUGAAUCUCAACCUGACUUCGGAUCUGGGCACCGACACGGUGCGUUUUUCGGCCCUUGUGCUGCAGCCACCGGCCUUGAGUUCCUUAGAGGUGGAGCUGCUGGACCUUCUGGACGAUGUCAACGUCACACCCACCCUGGUGCCUCCGUUUGCUCUGGACUAUGGCUUCAGUGAGGUGGAUGGGCUGAACUUGGCACGUCCAGGCAACACACCACUGCCGAGUUACCGCCUCGAUUUACCCUAUGCUGUGCCCUCCAUCGCGCUGAGCGCCACACUCUACAGCACCGCCGAGCGUGCGGAGUAUCCGCCCGCCGUGCAGCUGGAAACGGAGCCGGCCGUCAACCGGAUUUUUCUUCGCGUGUUCUCCGCCUUCAGCGCUGACGUGAGCGUCGUCUACACCCUCGAGGUGGUUCGAGCGUCCACAACGAGCACCACAACUACAAGCAUUACCACGACGUUUGUCGCCAGAAGCAUUGUCAGUGGCGAGCUCAGUAUCAUCGUCUCCGACUGCAUGGCCUUGUCCACGGAUGAGGUGGCUCGGCGCGACCUGGAGCGCGGCCUGGGCGCCUCUUUGGCACUGCCAGCACGCCAGGUGGAGAUCACCGACGUGAGGUGCACGGGAACGGUCCGGAUGGAAGGGUCGCAACGGCGCGUGCAGUCGCAAGCUGAGCUGGUCUAUGAGAUCUCGCUUGGAGGCGAUGCAAAUGUGUCGGAGGUGGUGACGAGGAUUGAGCAGCAAACGACGGCAUCCUUGACCCAGGAACUUCAGUCUGCCUUGGACGCCGGCAGCUCCAACCUGCAACUCGCCGUCACCUCUAUCGGUCCAGUGGAUCAACGGGAGGGCGUCACCAGCACUGUCACCAGGACGAUGACUGGCACAAGCACCAGUCGCAGUUCCAGCUCCACCACAGCUAGCUUCACCUCUACCAGCUUCACUGCCACAAGCAGCAUGACCCUCACUGUGACUCAAACCACCUCCACCAGCACCAGCCGCUCGACGUCGUCGUCGACGCAAAGCACCAGCAGCUCCAGCACUUCCACAAGCUCGCUGACCACGACCGGGGGCAGCACCAGUAGCAGUAGCAGCAGCAGCAGCUCCCGAAGUUUCACGAGUCACACCACGUCCUCGACCACGAGCUCCACGGCCACCUUCAGCAGUUCCACGUCCUCCACGGUGAGCACCACAGGCAGCCUGAGUUCCUCGACACGCACCUCCUCCACCCGAACGACGCAAACUUCGACUUCCGGUACCGAGACCUCCCAAACAUCGUCGACCAAGACGAGCAGCAGCUUGAGCAGCAGUAGCCUGAGCAGCACCACCAGCAGCAUCAGCACGAGCACGAUCAGCAGCAGUAGCACCAGCACAAUCAGCAUCACGACAACCUCCAGGACCACCAGCAGCGAAACGUCCUCCUCGACCAGCACCCGGAGCACGACCAGCACCAGCAGCACAGCUACCACAAGCUCUUCCAGCAUCACCCACAGCAGCAGCACCGCGACGACGACCUCCACGGGGCCGGACUACAUCAUCUCUGGAUCCAUUUCAAUCGAAUUGAGCAAUUGGACCGACGAGGCGGUGGAGGAAGGCUUGCGGAACGGCAUUGCCGAGGUGGCUGGAGUGGAUCCCUCCUGGGUGCGUGUCACACUGCCAGAACCGGGGGAAGAGCGACGUUUGUCAUCGAGUCCCAUGACGGUGGACUACACCAUCGACCUCCCACCCUCGCUAGACAUGGCCGCCGUGGCAAAGGUGCGCACGCAGAUCCGAGAGGAGCCGCUCAGCUCGUUUGGGGAGACCUUGAGUGACGCGCUGGAUCUGGCUGGAGCCGAGGUGGUUUUAGUGCUCCGCGCGGUGGAGACGCCGUGGAUUGAAGUGGAGACGACCCCGCCGCCCAGCACGACCAGCACCACCCUGUUUUGCCCGGGGGAGCCUGUUUGUGGUGGGCUUCAUGGGGUGUGUGAAGCCACGGAGGAGCCCUCGAAGCCCUGGCAGUGCAGUUGCAGUGAGACCUAUGCGGGGCCCAGCUGUGCAGAGCGUGUUUGCCCCAGCUGCGAGAACAAUGGGACCUGCUCCAAUGAAUCACAGGACGCCAGCGGUGGAAAUUGGGCCUGUGACUGCCCAGCAGGCUUCCAAGGCGAUCGAUGUGAGCUCUUGCGGUGUCCCAACGACUGCAGUGAGUCCGGCGACUGCGACACGGACACGGGCGUGUGCAGCUGCUUCAGCGGCUACAGCGCGGUGGACUGUUCCUUGACACCCGACUGGAAGGUGCCGCUGCUGAACUGCAUCGACAUCAUCCUCACCUGGGGCUUAAAGGGCCAUGAGCUGGACAACGCCUCGGCGCCUGAGUUUGAUCCGCGCUUCGAGCUGCUGGCAGCACCGGAGACGCAGGCCUGGCUCCUGGAGACCUGUCAACUGGCACGCGCGGACCUGGAGCUCCUGGUGCGCGACGAGCUUCCCUGCUGGAUCGAAGGCUUCGAGACCUUUGUCAACGCGGUGGGUGGCAUGUUCCCAGUCGAGGACCCCGACUUAGCAUCACAAGCCCUGCAGGCCUUUAUGCACCAGGAUCUGGCGAAGAAGUUCUAUGGGGAUGUGGUCACGGAUGGUGUGGACUAUGGCGGACGGCUCUACUUCACCAUGGUGAGGCUGAAGAUCAAUGUGGCUCAGAAUGCCAACACCACCUACCGGCCUCUUGGCCCCCAAGAAGCACCGCUGCGCUGGAGCGCCAUGCGCGAGCGGUGGAACGACUGGGUGCGGCGGCGGAACGAGGGAGCACCUUUCAGGGCCGGAGCGAUGCUCAUGGUCUCGGCGACGUGGACCCAGAUGCAGCUCGAAAGUGAGGUGGUGCAGAGCACCUUGUUAGCCUUCUCAGCGUCAAUCUCGGUGUCCUUGCUGGCAGUGGCCGUCUUCAGCCAGAAUGUGGUGAUUGCGAUCUACGUUUGCAUGAACAUCCUCUUGGUGAUUGGGGUUUUGUCGGGAUUCCUGCUGAACGUCAUGGGCUAUGAGUUCGGCGUGGUGGAGGCCAUUGGUGCCACGAUCUUUGUGGGAUUGAGUGUGGAUUAUUGCUUACACUUGGCGCAUGCCUACAACCAGGCGCCUGGUGUGAACUCAAAGCAGAAGAUGCGGCAUGCACUGGUGGUCAUAGGACCUUCCAUCCUGGGCGGCGCGCUCACCACGAUCAUGGGCUCCGCCUUUCUGCUGCCCUGUCGCAUUUUGCUCUUCCAAAAGCUCGGCUGGACCUUGUUUGCCAACUCAGCGGUCUCCAUGCUCUUCACCUUCUCCUUCCUCAGUCCCAUGCUGCUGAUCUGCGGCCCUGUUGGACGAACGGGAGACCUUUGCUGCUGCCUCAGGCGAGGCGGAUCGCUGAGCGAUCGCUGGGCGGAGGAGCGGCAUGGGACCAUCAACCUGGAUCAGAUGACGGAGGAAAGCAGUGCUGCAGCGGCCUUCCGAGCGCAGGCAGAGCGACGUGCUGGAACGCUCCACUUGGAUUCACUGGAAAGCAAUGUGAAUGCGGCAGCAGAUGCCUUUUCUGCUCAGGCGCGCCUCAAGGCAGGAACCAUCCACUUAGACGCCCUCGAGAGCCGCGUGAGCGCUGCGGCCGCUGCCUUCAAGGAGCACGGCGGGGGUCCUCGCACGGACGACCGCGGCUCUCCAAGUGCCUGUGUGAUCGGCGAGGUGGCGCUUGAGCUCAAGAGUGUGAGCAGUGAGGCCGGAAGCCCCAAGGCUGCAGUCCCUUCAGAGCCAUCCAGCGUGAGUCUCUUUGUGCCGGAGGAGCCCAGCAGUGUGAAUCUAGAUCCCGUGGUCCUGGGCAAGUCCAUCCGAGUCUAGUCGUCGACCACUGGACGACCACAUGACGACGGGGGUGACCGACUCCUGAUCGAUCCGGUGAAGACGGGCUCCGUGGGCGGCCUCUCUCGCCUGAGAUGAGAGGUGAUGAGAUGAGAGGGUUUGUGGCAGACGUGUGAGUCCAAGUUCUAUGGACAAAUGAGU